AUGGUCAACCUCUCGGUCCCCAACAACUACACCUUCUCUCCGUCUGAGGCAACUCCUCAUCUGACUAUCAAUCACGAUGUCGCUGCCGAUCUAGACUCGAGCAACGCCUUCGAGGGCCCCGAGAAGCUCCUCGAAGUCUGGUUCGCUCCUGGUCCCGACGCUCUCCCCGCGAGCGCCCAGCCCGAUGGACUGAAGGCUGUCUCCGCCGACACUUGGGUCACCAUGCUCGACAUGGUCAACUGCAAGAUCUUGUCCGUCCUCGAGUCCGACUCCGUCGAUGCCUACCUGCUCUCCGAGUCCAGCUUGUUUGUGUUCCCCCACAAGCUCAUCCUCAAGACCUGCGGCACCACGACUUUGUUGCUGGGCUUGCAGCGUCUGCUCCAUAUCGCUGCUGAGCACGCUGGAUUCCCCUUCCACAACGCAAAGGCGGCCACCGACAUCAAGGCUGCCGCGACCCCCUACCGCGUCUUCUACAGUCGCAAGAACUUCCUGUUCCCUGAUCGCCAGGAGGGUCCCCAUCGCAGCUGGAAGUCGGAAGUCAAGUACCUCGACGACAUGUUUGAAGGCGGCAGUGCUUACAUGGUUGGCAAGAUGAACGGAGACCAUUGGUACCUGUACAUCACCUCGCCCAACCAGACCUUGACACCUCCCCGCACUCCCGAGGAGAAGGAGACCCCUCUUGGGUCUGCGUCUCGUAUCCCGACUGGCAGCGUUGCCAGCUUCAGCAGCGGUGUCGAGGAGCACAACGACGAAACUUUGGAGAUUCUCAUGACCGACCUCGACCCUGAGAAUGCGAAGCAAUUCUAUUUGUCGCACGCGAGUGCGGUCGCUAGCGACAAAUCGCAUCUGCUGCAGACUCAGGCUGCUCGAGACAAGGCCCACGAGAGCUUGGGCGACCUUUCCCAGGUUCCUGAGAAGAGUUCUGAUGAGGAGGUGGACGUUUUCAGCAACAUUGGCGAGUCGGACCUCACCGAUGCUGACCGCGCUGUCAAGGAGGCUAUGACAACGGAGGGCCAUGCUCUCGGUACCGUCGUGUCUGAGGGAUGCGGUCUGUCCAGCGUCUACCCCACAAGCAAGUACCCCGGUGCGCGUGUCGAUGCCUAUCUCUUCAGCCCCUGUGGUUUCUCCGCCAACGGCGUCGUUCCUGCCAUCACCGACGAUGAGGACGCGUCCAAGAGCGAGAAGGGGGCCAACGCUGCUCACUACUUCACCGUCCAUGUGACUCCUGAGCCCGACUGCUCGUUUGCCUCUUUCGAGACCAACGUGCCCGGCGGCCAGAGCGGCCGUACCACCGCGGAGAUCAUUGAGCACGUCGUAGAGAUUUUCAAGCCUGGACGUUUCAGCGUUACCCUAUUCGAGGCCAAGGGGAAGAGUGCCAACCCCUACGGUAUGGGUGAUUUUGUCUCCAGAACUACUGCGGCCCAGCGUUUGGUUGACCCUGUCCGGGGAUACCGUCGUAUCGACCGCAUUGUCCAUGACUUCGAGGACUACGAUCUCGUGUUCCGUUUCUACGAGAAGGAGGACUGGGCGGGUGAUCGUGAGGCCCGCCUCGGCGAGCUGAUGUAG